AUGCCGGACCCGCAGACCGUGACCCCGGACACCGUGCACUUGUUCCCCACGGUCGUCGUGCAGCUGCCGAUGUUCAACGAGAAGGAAGUCUGCGAGCACGUCAUCGACGCGGCGUGCGCGUUGGAGUAUCCGCGGUCGAGAAUUCUCGUGCAAAUUUUGGACGACUCGACGUGCUCGGAGACGCGGCGUCGGAUCGAGCACAAGGUGUUCGAGUGGAAAGAGCGAGGGGCGAACAUCGCGUACCGGUGGCGGUCGAACCGCUCGGGGUACAAGUCCGGCGCGAUGGAGGAGGCGAUGGAAGACAUCGCUGCGUACGAAUACGUCGCGAUAUUCGACGCGGACUUCGACCCGGAGCCGGACUUUCUGCUCAAGACGGUGGUCUACCUGCGCGAUAACCCCGCCGCGGGGUUCGCGCAAGCGCGGUGGGUGUACACGAACGGCGACGAGAGCGUGCUGACGCGCGUCCAGGAGAUAUCGUUGAACUACCACAUCCGCUGCGAGCAGUACGCGCGCCACGCCGCGGACGUCUUCUUCAACUUCAACGGCACCGCCGGGGUGUGGCGCCGCGCGUGCAUCGAAGACGCCGGCGGCUGGAACCACCGGACGACGGUCGAGGACAUGGACCUCUCUCUUCGCGCGUACCUUCGAGGGUGGAAGUUCAUAUUCCUGGACGACGUGACGUGCCCGAACGAGAUCCCAGCGUGUUACGACGCGUUCCGCAAGCAGCAGCAUCGCUGGAGCUGCGGACCGAUGCAGCUGUGGCGCGCGGCGACGACGGCGGUGUGGACGGCGAAGGACGUCCCGUUCGCGAAGAAGUGCUACCUCGUCGUCUUCUUCUUCGGCACGCGCAUGUUCGCCACGCACGUCGUGUCCUUCUUCCUGUACUGCGUCCUCAUCCCGCUGUGCGCGACCGCGCCGGAGGUGACGAUCCCGUUCUGGGCGCUCGUGUACGCGCCCGUGCUCGUCACGCUGUCCACGAUCGCGUUCACGCCGCGGGGGUGGCGCGUCGCCGCGCAGUACGUGCUGUUCGAGAACGCGAUGUGCAUCGUGAAGCUCACCGCGAUGCUCGCUGGGCUCUUACAUUGGUCGAACGCGCACGAGUGGGUCGUCACCACGAAGCUCGGGAGGUUCGUCGACAAGAGAGUCGCCGCGAGCGUGCCGGAAAAGUUGAAGAGAGCGCGAAAGGUGUACGCGCGAGAACUGUGCAUGGGCGCGUUCUUCCUGUCGUGCGGGCUGUACGGCGUGUGCGUGCACGCGAUGUGGUACUACGCGAUAUUCCUGUGCGCGCAGGGCGUCGUGUUCCUCGCGUUCGGGUUGAAUUACGUCGACGGGAGGUGA